UCCCAAAUCCAUUAAAACCUACCUACCAAUGAAGCCCUUCUUCCUCCUCCGUUCAAAGAGAACUCCCCACCCUUCCGUGCUCUCCUCCGUCUCCUCCCUUUCCUCCGAUUCCAACUCCAACUCCUCUCUCAUCCUCCAAACCAAACAUCUUCUUCGCAAAUCCCAGGACCACCUCCACGUCCUCUCCCUCAUCGACUCCGGCUCACUCCAACCCCGCCUUGACCUCUACUCCGACCUCAUCAAGCAAUGCACCAACCUCAAGAAGCUCAGAGAAGGCAUGGCCGUCCAUCAACACUUCUUGAGUUCCAGAUUCAAUCCUGACCUCUUCUUCCUCAACUCAGUUGUCAACAUGUACUGCAAGUGCGCCAGCCUUGAGGAUGCACGGAAAGUGUUUGAUGAAAUGCCCGAGAGGGAUGUUGUCACUUGGACUGCUCUAAUGACUGGGUAUGCACAGAAUGAACAGCCCUUGGAUGCGCUCAGGUUGUUUCCAAUGAUGCUUGGUUUGGGUGUGCCGCCGAAUCAGUUCACAUUUGCGACCCUCUUCAAGGCCGCUGGUGCUGCCAAUGGGUAUGAAAUUGGGGAGCAAGUGCAUGCUGUUUGUGUUAAAUUUGGUUGUGAUUUGGAUGUUUAUGUGGGGAGUUCUUUGUUGGAUAUGUAUGCCCGGCAGGAGAGGAUGCUGGAGGCUUGUUUGGUUUUUGAUAUGCUGGAAUCGAAGAAUGAGGUUUCGUGGAAUGCGUUAAUAGCGGGUUAUGCAAGGAAAGUGGAUGGAGAGAAUGCAAUGAUGAAAUUUAGGGAGAUGCAAAGGAGUGGUUUUAAGGCAACUCAUUUCACUUAUUCCAGUCUUUUCAGUGCUUGUGCUGGCACUGGAGCUCUGGAGCAGGGAAAAUGGGUGCACGCGCACAUGGUGAAGUCGGGGCAGAAGUUGAUUGCUUUCAUUGGUAAUACACUCCUUGACAUGUAUGCUAAGGCGGGGAGCAUCCAAGAUGCGAGGAAAGUGUUUGAUCGGUUGGAUAAAAGAGAUGUUGUUUCUUGGAAUUCUAUGCUGAAAGCAUGUGCUCAUCAUGGUCUUGGAAAGGAAACUAUUUCCCUAUUUGAGGAAAUGCGCAGCUUUGGCAUUCAACCUAAUCAUAUAACUUUCGUUUGUGUUCUCACUGCUUGCAGCCAUGCAGGACUGUUGGCUGAAGGUCAGCAUUAUCUUAAAAUGAUGAAGAUGUACAAGUUGGAACCAGAGAUUGAGCACUAUGUGACUGUAGUUGAUCUUCUUGGUCGAGCUGGUCUUCUUGAACAAGCGCAGAAGUUCAUUGAUGAAAUGCCAAUUGAACCAAAUGCCGCUGUUUGGGGGGCUUUACUUGGAGCUUGUAGAAUGCACAAGAAUGUUGAACUCGGAAAAUUUGCUGCUGAACGUGUGUUUCAACUUGAUCCUCAUGAUUCCGGACCUCCUGUUUUGCUUUCAAACAUUUAUGCAUCCACUGGUAGAUGGACUGAAGCAGCGAGGGUGAGGAAAAUGAUGAAAGAAAGUGGGGUGAAGAAAGAGCCUGCUUGCAGUUGGGUCGAGAUGGAAAACUCUGUUCAUAUGUUUGUUGCCAAUGAUGACUCACAUCCGCAAAUUAGAGAGAUUCUUAAAUUUUGGGAGGAGACCAAUGUGAAAAUUAAAGAAGUGGGCUAUGUUCCAGAUAAGAAUCAUGUGCUUUUGUUUGUGGAUGAAGAGGAAAGAGAGGCGAGAUUGCAGUACCACUGCGAGAAGAUCGCUCUUGCAUUCGCACUGCUAAACAUGCCUCCGGGGGCAACUAUUCGCAUUAUGAAGAACAUUAGGGUCUGUGGGGAUUGCCAUUCUGCAAUUAAACUUGUGUCAAAAGUUAUGGAGAGGGAGAUCAUUGUGAGGGACAAAAACCGGUUCCAUCAUUUCAGCAAGGGUUCUUGUUCAUGUGACGAUUAUUGGUGACCUGAAAUUCAUGAUUUCUGUUUUUCAAGCACAGAAAAAGUAAAGCAGAUUUUUGAAGCACAAUUAUGUAAACAUCUGAAAAGAUGGUUUUAUAUGCACCCUUCAUGGAAAGUGGACCAGAUAAUCAAGAAGCUAGCGACUUCACUUCCAUCCUUCACUUCAAAUGUAAAGCAUUUGUUGGGAUGCGCAAUUUAUUACAGGACACAUAAAACACUGGUGAACACAUCAAUCCAAAAGCCCAAUUCCUCUUGGAGCAUCAAUUGGUUGAAAUGAAGGUCAAUCUGGUAUAUCAAAAUUGAUUGCUAUGGAGUAAUCCACUUGAAGAACUGAAUUCAAUAUCAAUGCAAGCAUGAGCAUCUUUUCCAAAAUUGAACUCUGAGAUAUUCAUAGGCACCAUUCGUGUGAAGACAAAAA